CCAGCGCUGUACUAUUACCCACCAUCACCCCCACUCAGUCAGGCUCUCUCGCUCUCACAAUUCCUCCCAGCGAGCAAGCCUCGUCUUCCUCCACAACACACUCAAACACAGUGAUCAAAUAAGUAGCGAGUCGCUGUGCGUCCGCGCUGUGCAGCGAAACAUCACUCAUACAACUUCUGACUCGAAGAAGAGAAGGAUUUUUCUACGUAGACGUGCUGCGCGCACACAGUUAAGACUCGCGCAGUGUACAUAUGCUGCCCAAGUUCGCGAGUCACGUCUUCCACCAUACGCAGCGCGCCGCGCAGGCCGCUGCGCAGAACCAUGCUCUCCGUAAUGUCCUUGGUUUGCAAAACCAAGGUGCUACGUCCGCUUCGUCCUCUGGUCCGUUGAGCAAUUGGACGAAUGCUGCUAGCAGUGGAAGUAGCUGGGGCAGUGCGGGAGGUGCGAAGUAUAAUACUGGUAGUCGGUUUUAUCAGGGAUAUACUGGUGCCGGGCGUGCUGUCACUCAGGCAAAUUCAACCUCGGCUCAUGACAACUCGAAUGGCCGUGCGGACGACGACGACGACCUCCCACUCACACGUCGUUCAUUGGUUAUCAAUUCCCGUCACCGUCCUCGGAGCAACAGUCUUCACUUGACAGGUACAGGUCGCCAAAAACGUGCAGAGACUUUUGGUGUUCUACGAACGGUACAACUCCACCAGGCCCGUAGCUCACAUGCCCUUGCCACAGCUACCGGGGCAGAUAGCAUUGAGACGAAGGAGGAGCGCACUGACAGUGUUGCCUCUCCACGUGUCUUGGUCCGUCGAAACUCUACGGCUGCAUCUAAUGCGUCCGAUAUCGAAUCUCUGGAACCACUGGAACCUCUCAAACUGGCAGAUGAGGUUUCGCCCCAGACCGCUUCACUCGAACAGGCUCCCAUCAGUGCUGAAGAGGCUCUUUCCGUCGACCCUAGCGCCCCGCAAACCGUCUUACCGCCCAGUGAACCAGCGCCGGAGGAUGCUCGUGAUAAUGUGGGCGAGAAGGGCAACUCCGAGUUCGCGAGGCGUCUUCAGGCUGCUCGCAUAGCGAAUGACGACGCCCGGGUCGUUUCUGAGGUCUUGCAAUUCCGGUCAUCUGGUACACGCGCUACGGUACGCGAUUACAACGAGGCAUUAUACUCUCUCGUCGUAACUCGUAAAGGCGGUCAACCCAUCACGGUCAUCCUUGAGACUUACAAUGAUAUGCUUACGCGCCAAGUCGCUCCGAAUGUACGCACGUACAAGAUGAUGAUCCUCGCACUGUGCGAACGCGAUAGGGAAGUUGAGCGUGUUUGUUCACAGUAUGAGUGGCGUCAGAAACGUCGUGAGCUCUCCGGUCGUACACACGGAAAUGCAUACACCAUGGAUCAGAAGAACCUCGAGUUAUUGCGCGAGGAGGAUAACUUCACAUCGGCGAUGCUCGUUUUCCAGGCGGCACAGACGCUGUUCCGCGACAGGGACGGUCGGCGUUUGUCCCUUGGCCCGGAAGUAUACAGUACUCUUCUCCGUUCAUGUAUGAUUCAUGCGAACACCGACUCUGCGGUCCGUAUCUGGGGUGCAAUCGAGAGUAUUCGGGGAUACAUACCCGAUGCGACAAGCUACCUACACUUACUCGGCACUUACACCUCGGCAGGCGAUCUCGACUCCGCACAAGACGUCUUCGAAGAGUUCCUUCUGGCAGCAAAGGAAAAUCGUGUCAGCUGGCCAGCACCAGACAGAGACGACCUACAGAACCAUAUUCUCUCAGACGAUUUACGUUCAGGCAAAGCACGCGCAUCGCAGAUGCUCAUCUGGGUAAAGAUGAUCGAAGCCUACUUCCGCGCAAAACAACCCGUCAAGGCGCUCAAUCUACUCGAACAGAUGAUGGACUCCUCUGCACCCGUCGCGUUCGGUCCUACAGACGUUCCGCUCCCUUGCGCAUCGGUCUACUCGGCUUUCAUCCGUGGGUUUGUGGAGAACGAUGAUAUUCAGAGUGCACUUGCUUGGUUCAACCGCAUGCUCGAACAGGACUCUGUUAGUCGACACCCAUUGAUCCCGAGCGCAAAGACUCCGAGGCCGGACCAGAACGCGUGGAACGCAAUUAUGGAGGCACUGAUCGAACGCGGGAUGCUCGCCGAGGCGAACAAGAAGUUUAAGCAGCUCACCGAGGUAGCCGACGUCGAAGGGUUGACCGUCAGGAUGUUCGACCGUGUUAAUGUAUUUACGCUGAACGUCGAGAACUUGCGCACGGAAGGGAUAAGCUCUUCAGAAUUUGAGGCUCGCGUCAAGUUUAUCAAGGAACACAUUAUCGAUCCGUCAUAUAUGGACAGCACGCAUCCUCUCGGUCCCUUGGAAUAUCAAAACGGGACUUUCGCCGAUUUCCUUACCAUCCUUUGCGAGCAUUCUAAGGCAAAACAGGCCCUUGAAAUACUUGAGCGACACGGGAAACAAUGCAGCGCCCUCUUGAACAGGUUCGAAACCGACAUGGACGUGGACAAUGGUGCAAUCGUAUUGAAGCGCAGGGGCUUGCACGAUCUCAUUAGACAAGUCUUACCUGCCAUGCUCUACGAUAAUAAGAGCGUUUCGCUAGAUCUCAUGGCCAAGGUGGACAAGUUGCUUGACGAUACGCUCUGCUUCCCGGGUUCUCAAUACAACUUCUUCCUGAUGAAGAAGUAUCUCUCGCUGAAGUCUCAAGGAGAACUCCAACAGCUCGGUCCUCGUCACUGGAUGAUGCUCUCAAAAGCAGCCGUACGUCUCCUUUCAGAUGAGCAGUUCUUGAAGCGUUCCCAUUCCCAGGGCUUCGGACUUGACGAGCUCAAGGUGUACAUGAAGGAUGCAGUAUACUCGGACUACGACAGGCGGACAACAUGGCACACUCCCUCACCUGAGGUGGCAAACUUGAUCAUGGAGGCUUACGGCGAGACGGAAGCGUACAAUAUUUUCAGUAUACUCGGUCAUAAAUGGACACGCUUUGUUACGAGCAGGGGAGCAUCUCCUGCGUCGUAUGGUAACAGGGACCUACCCACCCCUAUUCGGAUUGAUCGGGAGCACAGUCGUAGAGUCGACGAGUACUUCCCCGCCAGCCCUGUCUGCACACCGCAACAGGCAUGGGCACGAUACGAGGAAGGUGUCGCAAAGAACGUGUACCCGACUCCGGACGUUGUAGGACGUCUGAUCGCUACGUUCGGCAGACUCAACGAUAUGGAGAAAGUACAUAGACUCUAUGCAGACGGUCAACGCGUACUUGCAGCAUACGAAAACGACAAAGAACUCCAAUCCGUCGGGUGGUACGCAAUCGAAGACCAAAUGAUCAUCGGACUGGCACACGCAGGGCAUAUCGAGAAAGCACACAUACACAGACAACGUAUCAUCGACCAAGGUGGGAACCCAUCUCCAGACGCUUACGGCGCGCUCAUACAAUGUGUACGCGAGACGACGGACGAUAGUGCUAACGCUCUCGCACUCUGGCAUGAAUCGCAAAUGCGCGGCGUCGUAGCGAACUUGUACCUCUACAACACUGUCAUCUCGAAGCUUUCUCGUGCGCGUAAGGCGGACUUUGCACUCGAGCUGUUCCAGCAGAUGAAAGCGAACUUUGUACGUCCGUCGUCGGUUACAUAUGGUGCGGUAAUUGCUGCGUGCUGUCGUGUCGGCGAUGCACAGUCUGCGGAAGUUUUGUUUGAGGAAAUGACGUCUCAGAAGAACUUCAAGCCGAGGAUCCCGCCGUAUAACACGAUGAUCCAGUUUUAUACGCACAUUGUACGGGACCGUGAACGUGCGCUUCAUUACUUCGGUCUCCUCUUGGCCUCCGGUAUCAAGCCUACUGCACAUACCUACAAGCUUCUUAUUGAUAGUUACGGUACGAUCGAGCCAACAGACCUCGUCUCAAUGGAAGACGUCUUCCUCCAACUCACAAAGGACAAACGCGUCCAAGUCCAAGGUGUUCACUGGGCAGCACUCAUCAACGCCUGGGGAUGCAUACAAAAAGACCUCAACCGCGCAAUAAGCAUUUUCGACUCCAUCGCUUCCCACCCAACAACUCAACGCUCCGGUCUCGUCCUCCCCGAUGCAAUCGUCUACGAAUCAAUGAUUAACGUCCUCGUUACUCUUCGUCGUACUGAUUUGAUUCCAUCGUACCUUGAGAGACUGUCGGCGUCGGGUAUACAUAUGACGGCGUAUAUUGCGAAUUUGUUGAUUAAAGGGUAUGCGAUUGCGGGAGAUUUGGAACGUGCGAGGGAGGUGUUUGAGGGGUUGUUGGACCCGCCUACGGGACAUGCUGCGCCGAAUAAUCAUGUGCCACAUUCGCCCGCUGGACAGAUGAACGUCCCGUCGAGUGCGCCUGUGUACAGAGAGCCUUCGACUUGGGAAGCAAUGGUCCGCGCAGAACUUGGCAGCGGGAACCGCGAUCGUGCAACCGCUUUACUUCAGCGAGUACAAGAACGACACUUCCCUCCAGCGGUCUAUGCACGUAUAAGCGGGAUCAUGCUUGAUGACUCGGUCUCACCGUGGGUGUCGUGGUCUCCGACGCAUAAUGGCAAUAUGGAGUCUUCGUCUGGAUCACAUUCUCCGCAAUGAGACUGAGUUGACACCCUACCUCAUGACGUUGGCUUCGUUGCCUUCUGCAUUGUCCCUCAUCACCCGUCUUUCGUCCUUCGGCUCUCGCAUCGGCUUACUAUUACGCAAAAUGAAUUUCGAAAAGAUCUUCUAACACCGUUUCCUCUUAUUCGCAUUGCUUUUAUUUGAUUUCUAUUCGCCUUCGCCUUCUUGUUUUCUCGCCUCUUGCUCUCCCGACCCAUGGCAACUAUAUAUAAUUUUUCCGCCCAAGGAUGCCAUCCUGCCCUAUCCUAUCCUGCCUCUCUCUCUGUGCCCGAGCGACUUUUGGGCGUGUACCACGCUAUCCUAUCCAUCUAUCCAUCCAAUUGUAGUAUAGAAAAGAGAGUCCACAUAACUAACUAACUAACUUAGACGACUUCUCGAAUGGACUCACUUUCCUUCCUUCGUCCUUGCUUUUUUCCUCGCAUCCAUCUACACCAUCUACAUAUCUACAGCAACCAAUCUCUUACAUUAAUCGCAUAGGCAGGAUACCUUCUUCACUGAUGGCAUACGACUUUUGACUUCUUUUGAUUUCUUACAUAUAGUGGCCAUGUUCUUUUCGACUAGUGUCCAAGAGUUGUAUUUGUAUUAGUAGCAAUACCAG